GGAGGCGCUGGUGCAAGACAGCUGGCGCCGGCAGUAGCAGAGGCUUCAGGCAGCGGCCCGGCGACCCCGGAGCUAUCUGUGCUGCAGGGACCUGCAGCGACCGCCUCCCCUGCACAGAAGCACCCUCUGCUGUGACCACCCUUCCCUCGCUUUCUGGAGAUGGCAGGUGAAAUCACAGAGACUGGAGAACUCUAUUCUCCCUAUGUGGGCCUCGUGUACAUGUUCAACCUCAUCGUGGGCACAGGUGCGCUCACCAUGCCCAAGGCCUUCGCCACUGCCGGGUGGCUUGUCAGCCUCGUCCUGCUGGUGUUCCUGGGCCUGAUGAGCUUCAUGACGACGACCUUUGUGGUGGAGGCCAUGGCCGCAGCCAACGCUCAGCUCCGCUGGAAGAGAAUGGAGAGCCACAAGGAGGAGGACAGCGACGACUCCUCCACAGCCUCAGACAGCGAUGUGCUUACUCAGGAGAGCUACGAGCGGGCGGAGAAACGGCCCAUCCUGUCUGUGCAGAGACGUGCACCGCCCAACCUGUUUGAAAUCACAGAUCGGGUGGAAAUGGGACAGAUGGCCUCCAUGUUCUUCAAUAAAGUGGGGGUCAACUUGUUCUAUUUCUGCAUCAUCAUUUACCUGUACGGUGACCUGGCCAUCUAUGCGGCGGCCGUGCCCUUGUCCCUCAUGCAGGUGACCUGCAGUGCCUCCAGCAACGACUCCUGUGGCGUGGAGGCAGACACCAAGUACAAUGACACGGACCUGUGCUGGGGCCCCCUGCGCCGAGUGGAUGCCUACCACAUCUAUCUGGCUGUCUUCACACUCCUUCUGGGACCGUUCACCUUCUUUGACGUCCAGAAGACCAAGUACCUGCAGAUCCUCACCUCUUUGAUGAGAUGGAUCGCUUUCGCCAUCAUGAUCGUGUUGGCCCUGGUCCGAAUCGGGAAGGGGCAAGGGGAGGGGCGCCCACCCCUGGCUGACUUCUCAGGGGUCCGGAACCUGUUUGGGGUGUGCGUCUACUCCUUCAUGUGCCAGCACUCCCUGCCCUCCCUCAUCACCCCCGUCUCCUCCAAGCGCCACCUCACGCGCCUAGUGUUCCUGGACUACACGCUGAUCCUGGCCUUCUACGGCCUCCUGUCCUUCACUGCCAUCUUCUGCUUCCGUGGAGACAGCCUCAUGGACAUGUACACACUCAACUUUGCCCGCUGUGAUGCCGUGAGCCUGGCCGCUGUCCGCUUCUUCCUGGGCCUCUUUCCCGUCUUCACAAUCAGCACCAACUUCCCCAUCAUCGCUGUGACCCUACGCAACAACUGGAAGACGCUCUUCCACCGCGAGGGCGGCACAUACCCGUGGGUGGUAGACCGAGUGGUGUUCCCCACUAUCACCCUCGUGCCCCCUGUGCUGGUGGCCUUCUGCACCCAUGACCUGGAGUCCCUGGUGGGCAUCACAGGGGCCUACGCGGGUACUGGCAUCCAGUAUGUCAUCCCUGCCUUCCUGGUAUACCUCUGCCGCAAGGACACUGAGCUGGCCUUUGGCUAUGGGACUGUCAACAAGCACAGGUCCCCAUUCCACCACACAUUCUGGGUGGGCUUCGUGCUACUCUGGGCUUUCUCCUGUUUCUUCUUUGUCACAGCCAACAUCGUCCUCAGCGAGACCAAGCUCUGAUGGCAGGACAUCCCUGGUAACUGAAGAUUUCGUUGCCACCCAGGCCUUCGCGGAGGGCAAGGCAGGGGCUCUCAGGGGGCCUCCUCAGCAGGAGGUCUCCCUGCCGCAGGACUGCCUGAUCCGCACCUGGCCUAGCUUACUGGGGCCACAUGUGGCCACUCCCAGAUUCUAGAAGGUACCCUUCUGUUUUACACUCUACCCCUACCUCUGGAGGCAGGCUCCUCCCUCUGUAUGGUAGAAGAGGCAGACUGGCACUGCCACUAUUUAUAACAGGCCCCUGUCCCUCCCCAUCCUUCUCAGCCCCUCCUGCACCCUUGUGUGUCCACCACUAGCAGCUGCUGCCUCUUCGGGGGCCAAUCCCAGGCUAUAGCCAUCCUAACUCAGCCUGCCUGUGACAGGCAGGGCCCACCUUCCUACCAAGCCUGAGUUGCUAAGUACUGGUCCUUAAGGUAAGCCUGGCCAGCCCCAGUGAUGAGAAGAGGGAGCGCUAAUUGGCACCAGGGUCCCCAGGCCAGAGUGUGAGGCCCCUUGCUGUGGGUGCCAGCUCUGGGCAGCAGGAAGAUGGCACACGCAUUCUGCAGGACACACAGCAAGCUGUAAGCUGUGGCCGACGCAGGGGAGGUCAGGCCUCCCGAGCAGAAGCCCAGCUCGCUGCCAUGCUCUGCUCCAACACCAGAGGUGGCCCCCUCAGAGUCUGUCCGGAGGUGCUCAGUGGUCACAUGCUCUGUGACACUGGACAGAGCCCAGUGGGUUGGACAAAGCCCCUGCCACCUUUCCCAUGGCAGAAGGCCAGGUGCCACUCACCUCUUCCUCAAUCACGCAUGCACCUACUGGGCCAGUCACCUUGGUACCCAAGUGGCCAGUGAACUACAUUUUCCAUGUGCCUUCUGCUUUGGAGCUGGGGAUCCUUCCUGACCCUGACUUCCCCCAGCCCCGGGCCUGGCCCCACCCAUCCUGGAGUGUAGAGCAGCUUGCUUCGGAGCUGCCUCUGGGGAUAUCAGGGGCUCAAGCCCCUGCCCCUCCCUGUUGAUUUCAGUGCCUUGCUCACCCCUUGUGCGGGAACUUUCACCUCCUCCCUUCAGUAUCUCAGCAUCUUUAUUAAAGCUUGGACAGCAGGUGAUGCGGGGUGUCCUGCGGCCCAGGGCAGAUUGUGGGAUUUGCAGGAGAUGUGGGCUUUGCAGGCAGCACCCCUCCACCUCUGGCCCUAGCAUCUCCACCUCUAAGAGUCGUGGGUGACAGUUGACUUCACUGUUUUGUCACUACUGUCGCAUGCCGACUGUUCUCAUGGCUUUCCGCUCGUGGCACCAGCUUCCACCCAUGUGAAGAGAAACUCCCCUUCCCCAUCUGCCACUGUGGCAUCUUUCCAGGACACCGCGCCCUGGAAUGCACGAAGAGGCCAGUACCAUGAUGGCGAAGCCCGGAAUGACAAAGACCUGCCUGGCACCCUGUGCUUGGGCUCUCCCUGAAGCUGCCCAGCUGUUUGCUGAGAACUCAAUUAAAA